UAAGGAUAAGUCAUACGUUAACGAUAUUGUAUAACAAUGUUGUGCCAUACGAUAUUGCGAACGAAAGGGUUUCCAUUAUGCAAAUAUUUUGUGAUUGGUGCUAGCAGGGAUUUUUCAUACUCUCCUGCAAAUUGUGUCUCAAUUUUGAGAAAAUCCAAAUUUAGAAAAGAUCUUCAAGACCACACAAACGCUAGCGAUACAGAUUCUAUAGAUACACUUGUUAACCAGAAAAUCAAUCAGAAGUUAAAGGAAGAGAAGAUUGAAGCAAAAAAGCCUACUGAAUAUGACCAGCCGAUAAAGAAGGGGAAAAUGCAUGCUGAAUCAUCUACUCAGACAAAUAAUGAACCUGAAAAAAAAUCAAAAAAAAUUGCCAACAAGAAUGAAAAGAUAAAUUCAGAAAAACUCAAGCAAGACAAACCAAAGACUUUCAAAAGGACAAAUAAGGAGGAGAAAAAGGAUCCAGAAUUUGCAGUUGUCAAAAUUAAAAAAAAGAAGAAGGCAAUAAGAAAAGCAGAUGGCUCCAAAUUUCAAUUGGACAUACCAACCUUUUUAUCUGUCGCAAAUUUUGCCACAGUAUUGCGUGUCCGUGUUCCCGAGUUACUUGAAAAGUUACAAGAACUUGGUUUUGAAAACAUUACAAAUGAGCAUAUUUUGGAUGCUGAAACUGCAGAAUUAGUUGCAGAAGAAUAUGGGUUCGAGGUGAACCGUGAUGAUAAUUUGGGCGCCGAUUUAUUUCCAGCUCCAUUACCAACGGAUGAUAAGAAAUUAAAAUCUAGAUCUCCUGUUGUUACUAUCAUGGGUCAUGUCGAUCAUGGUAAAACUACAAUUUUGGAUUUUUUGAGAAAAUCAUCAAUCGUCAAAGGUGAGUUUGGAGGUAUAACCCAGCAUAUUGGAGCUUUUGUUGUACAGACGCCCGUAAGUAAGAAAAAGAUCACAUUUCUUGAUACACCGGGCCAUGCAGCCUUUUUGAAAAUGCGUGAGAGAGGUGCCAAUAUCACCGAUAUUAUCAUAUUAGUUGUUGCGGCAGAGGAUAGUGUUAAGCCUCAGACUUUAGAAGCCAUCAAACAUGCGAAGGCAUCCGGUGUUCCCGUUGUUGUAGCAAUAAAUAAAUGUGAUAAGGAAGAAGCAAAUCCUGACAAGGUUGUUGCGGAUUUAUCAUCGAACGGUAUAGAUGUUGAAGAUUAUGGUGGGGAUACUCCUGUGGUCAGAAUAUCAGCGAAAACUGGUAUGGGGAUGAAAGAACUUGAAGAAACCAUUGUGACCAUUGCGGAGCUACUGGAACUCAAAACAGAAGAGAAAGGUGUUGUUGAAGGCUGGGUUUUAGAGUCACAAGUAAAAAAAGGUUUGGGAAAUGUUGCUAGUUUCCUCGUGAAGAAAGGGGAACUCAAACCAGGUUGUAUCCUAGUUGCUGGUACCACUUUCUGUAAGGUUAAAGUUAUGAAAGAUGAAAAGAAUAAAAUCAUUAAGGUUGCAAUGCCUUCUCAGCCGAUUGAAGUCUCAGGAUGGAAAGAGUUACCUGAAGCAGGUGAUUAUGGAAUCCAAGCAAAAGAUGAAAGUUUUGCCAAGAAAGUCAUAAUUAACAGAGAGAAGAGAAAACGGAUGAUGGAAGAAGCAUCUCAAAUUGAAGAAAUGAAUCAGCGCAGAAUCAAAGCAAUCGAGGAUUCUAAGAGAGACGAGAAAAUCCAAGAAUAUCAAUUACAGGGCUUUAGUUUAGAAGAAAUAAAAACCAUCGAACCUGAAUUAUUUGACGACGAAACAUCGAAGAUCCAAGACGUCAAUUUUAUCAUCAAAGCAGAUGUUAGUGGUUCUGCUGAAGCAGUAAGGCAGAGUAUUGAAGGUUUGGGUAAUGAUGAAGUCAGGUCGAAAGUGUUAUAUGAAGAAGUUGGUCCACCUACUGAUUCAGACAUAGCCAGGGCAAAAGGAUCUAACGCUCACAUCCUGGCUUUCAAUGUCAAAGUACCAAAAGAUAUUUUGAACAGUGCUUCUAAGGCACAAAUCGAAAUCAAGGAGUUCAAUGUCAUCUACCAUUUGAUUGAAGAUGUUUUGGCUACCCUAACAUCAAGAUUACCUCCUAUAUAUGAAACAAAAGUUGUUGCAAAAGUUUCGAUCAAACAACUUUUUGAAAUCACUUUGAAAGGUAGAGAAACAAUGAUGAUUGCAGGUUCCAGAGUUGUUGAUGGUAUUCUCAAAAGAAACAAUGCGGUAAGGUUGGUCAGAAAUGGAAAAGUAAUUUAUACCGGGAAAAUAAAACAGCUCAAGAUAAUGAAAAAUGAUGUUAACGAAGUUUUGAAUGGCGCAGAUUGUGGUAUUGCAUUAGAGAAUGACCCUUUAUUGGAAGCAGGAGACUUAAUUGAAUCUAUCGAAAAGCUACCAAUCGAAAGACACUUGUAAAUAUUUCGAAGAUCAUUGUGUACUAGCUUGUAAAUAAAAAAAUUAUUAUCAUACAUUAUGUUACAAACCCGUGUAUUAAUUUUGCGAAUCUAUAAAUUUUUUCAGCAAUUGGAAAGACUAAAGUCUCAUGUUCCUACUUCUAUAAAUCUACUGGCGUCAAAGAUUGCCUUCCGAGUUGUAGGAUUGAGUGCUAACAAUAUGCGAACAAACAUGAUAAAGUUUGUUAAGGGUAUCACGCUGUUGGGUUGAGAUAUCGGAUGCGUCUAACAGUACUUUAAACUUUUUGACAAACAAGCGUCCGGAAUCAUGGAAAUGUAACUGCAAAAUGAACAUUUGAAUCCACGACUCA